AGUAUGACGCGACUGCGUCUCCAACUUCAACCUUGACAUUGAUAUUCUCACAGUCAGAUCCCUCUACUCGUCCGCAAAACGAAACGAAACAAAACAAAAGGACUCUUGUGCCAGCAAUCGAAAUUUAUGAGCCUUCAGCCAAAACUUCCAAGAUCUGUAUUUGAACAACGAAUUGUGUGACGCCAUGUCGUCUCGUCCCGAGCUCAAGGUCGAAGAUGAGACUGGCUUCAUCCGUUACUUCAAGUCACUGCCCACAGUCACGAGCGAAACAGUCAGAAUAUUCGACAGGGGCGAUUGGUACACAGCACACGGCGAAGAUGCUAAUUUCAUCGCUAGAACGGUAUAUAAGACCACAUCCGUCGUCAGACAACUCGGCCGAAACGAUGCUAGCGGCCUACCCUCAGUCACCAUGACCAUCACAGUCUUUCGACAGUUCCUCAGAGAGGCUCUGUUCAAGCUCGGUAAGAGAGUGCAGAUAUAUGCAACCACCGGCAGCCGAAUGAACUGGAACAUCGUCAAACAAGCCUCGCCAGGCAACCUACAGGACGUCGAGGAUGAGUUAGGCCAGCACUUCGAGGCAGCCCCCAUGAUGCUCGCCGUCAAGAUAUCAGCAAAAGCAUCCGAGGCCAGGAGUGUUGGUGUGUGCUUUGCCGAUGCCAGUGUCAGAGAGCUGGGUGUCAGUGAAUUCCUGGACAAUGAUCUCUACUCCAACUUCGAGGCCCUUCUGAUCCAGCUGGGCGUCAAGGAGUGCCUGAUACAGUUCGACAAGGCCGAGAAGGACAAAGAUCCCGAGCUUGCAAAGCUUAGGCAGAUCAUUGACAACUGCGGUAUUGCCAUGUCUGAGAGGCCUGCUGCCGAUUUCGGUAUCAAGGACAUUGAGCAAGACCUGGCCAGGUUACUCAAAGACGAGCGGUCGGCCAGUCUGUUGCCACAAACCGACUUGAAACUUGCUAUGGGCUCGGCAGCAGCAUUGAUCAAGUACCUCAGUGCCAUGCAGGACUCGUCCAACUUCGGCCAGUACCAGCUUUACCAGCACGAUCUGACACAGUUCAUGAAGUUGGACGCUGCAGCACUGAAGGCCUUGAACCUGAUGCCUGGCGCACGAGAUGGCGUUAAGAGCAUGAGCUUGUUUGGUUUACUCAACCACUGCAGAACCCCUGUAGGAAGUCGCUUGCUGUCGCAGUGGCUCAAGCAACCACUAAUGAACAGAGAUGAGAUCGAGAAGCGUCUCCAAUUGGUUGAAGCUUUUGCCAAUGAUACGGAACUGCGGCAGACUAUGCAGGAGGAGCACUUGAAGUCCGUACCUGAUCUAUAUCGAUUGGCCAACCGCUUCCAACGGAAUAAAGCAAAUCUGGAGGACGUCGUAAGAGCAUACCAGGUGGUCAUCCGCCUCCCUGGCUUCCUCGGCACACUUGAGGCAGUAAUGGACGAGCAGUACAAGGAUCCUCUCGAUGAGGCCUAUACCAACAAGCUUCGCGAGCUCUCUGAUAGUCUUGGAAAGCUUGCCGAGAUGGUGGAGACGACGGUGGACCUGGAUGCUCUCGAUAACCACGAAUUCAUCAUAAAGCCAGAGUUCGACGACAAUCUUCGCGUCAUCCGUAAGCGACUGGAUAAGUUGAGGUCUGACAUGGACCGUGAAUUUAGGGAUGCGUCUGAUGAUCUGAAUCAGGAGGAGAACAAGAAGAUCUUCCUGGAAAACCACAAAGUCCACGGGUGGUGCAUGCGCCUGACGCGAACAGAAGCUGGCUGCAUACGCAACAAGUCGAAAUACCAAGAAUGCUCAACCCAGAAGAAUGGUGUCUAUUUUACCACAAAGACAUUGCAGGCUCUGCGACGCGAAUUCGAUCAGCUGUCUCAGAACUAUAACAGGACUCAGAGCAGCUUGGUCAAUGAAGUUGUGGCAGUCGCAGCAUCGUACUGUCCUGUCAUUGAACGUUUGGCUGGAGUCCUUGCUCAUCUCGAUGUUAUUGUUUCGUUUGCACACUGCUCCGUUCAUGCCCCUACAUCCUAUGUUCGACCGAAGAUUCAUGCUCGUGGCGAAGGCCAGACAGUGCUCAAAGAAGCGCGCCAUCCCUGCUUGGAGAUGCAGGACGAUAUCCAAUUCAUAACUAAUGAUGUGGACCUCGUCCGGGACACGUCGUCCUUUCUAAUCAUUACUGGCCCCAAUAUGGGUGGUAAAUCAACAUACAUUCGCCAGAUUGGCGUCAUUGCCUUGAUGGCCCAGGUCGGCUGUUUCGUGCCUUGUAGCGAAGCGGAGCUCACAAUCUUUGACUCAAUCCUCGCACGUGUUGGUGCAAGCGACUCGCAACUCAAGGGUGUCUCUACAUUCAUGGCUGAAAUGCUUGAGACUGCCAACAUCCUUAAAUCGGCCACCUCCGAAUCCCUGAUUAUCAUUGAUGAAUUAGGUCGUGGUACGUCGACGUAUGAUGGGUUUGGUCUCGCAUGGGCCAUUUCAGAGCACAUUGUGAAGGAGAUUGGUUGUUCCGCUAUGUUCGCAACACAUUUCCAUGAGCUGACUGCUCUCGCGGAUACGUAUCCUCAAGUUCAAAACCUGCAUGUUGCGGCACAUAUCUCUGGCAGUGACUCAAGUGCCGAUAAGCGAGAGGUCACGUUGCUGUACAAGGUCGAGCCGGGUAUCUGCGAUCAGAGCUUCGGUAUUCACGUGGCAGAGCUAGUCCGCUUCCCUGACAAAGUCAUUCGGAUGGCAAAACGCAAGGCUGAUGAGCUCGAGGACUUCACGGGGAAGCAUGAGCAGAAUGGCCUCGGUGUAGGUUACAACAAGGAAGAUGUCGAGGAAGGAAGUGCCAGACUAAAGGAAGUCCUGGUCAAGUGGAAGGACGAGGUGAGAGGAGGCAACAUGAGUAAAGAGGAGAUGGUUCAAAAAAUGAGGGAACUCGUGAAGAGCGACGAGCGCUUAAUCGCUAACCCGUUCUUCAAAGCGGUCAAAGCAUUGUAGAUCAGCUAGUUGCGACUAGUAGAGAUUUUGCGUUUGGCCAUGUGUUGACACAUGCUGGAGUUUGCUGGUGAGCACGGCGUUUGGUGAGCAUUUUUGAGAAGAUGGUCUGGUUUGCACUUUGAUGUACUAUAACGAACACAACGGCGACCUCACUAUGCCAACACAAAGAAUAUUACAACCGUAUAUGUUCAUCACCCAUGACUCGAUUAGCUGCCUACAAUUGCAAUAACGGCCAUCGGUGGUACAGAGUCUUCGACUACUGCAGCAGCGGUCGAGCCGUACACUG